GAAAAUUAAUUAAAUAUUUGACGAAAAGAGUAAGAAUUGAUCCGCAAAUUUUAUGUGAAAUAUACGUUGGGAAUAUAUCAUGAAAAAUAUCUACAAUCAAGGACGUCUAGGGAAAUGAGGAAAAUGAAAAUCAAUUUAUUAUAUCAUUGGAAUCACCUGCAUACGUUGAAAAGGUAUAUUGCGUUAUGCAUUAGAAGGCGCAAAGAAUUAUGUUUGUAUUAGUACUUGCACGCUUGAAUUGGAGCCUGAUAGUGAUCCGUUGAAACCACGACGACGAUACAGAACGACGGACCAUGAAUAUGGCGUGUUGUGGAAAUUCACCUUUUGCUGACAUCAUUCACAGAAGAAUGCAGUGAGAGAGAAAAUACAAGGACUCGAGACUACAACAAGAUUUAAAUAGCCCCAACGAAACUCUUAAUCAAAUGAUCUCAUAUACGUGUACGUAAAAUACAACAGAAUAAUGUCAUUAACGGAAGGAGUUAAUAAGAAAUAUCUUGCCGUACUUAUUUCAACUUUGACAAGUUUAGUUCUGUAUACCACGUUCACUAGUACAUGGAAUAAAGAAGCUGUAGAAUAUGACGACACUGAUAGAAGACACGGUCAGUUAAACUUUAAAAACUGCUUUAAUAUUAUAUGGGAUAGAAAAGCGUUUAGUGAUUUCAUCUGGAAUAAUACUGUUGAAAAUGGCGAAAAUAUUUUGGUCUAUCGAGGAAGUUCUUGUAAUCAUUUCAUGAAGUUACUCUCACCGGGUGGAAGAAUAGGCAACCAACUUUUUCAAAUUGCUGCUUUAUUUGGAACCUCUUUUGAAUAUGACUUUAUUCCAAUUGUUGAACCUUCAUUACCCUUAUUAGAGUAUUUCGAUUUGCCAAAUGUAUUAAAGAUGAAAUUAAAAAAUUCGAGCAUAUGUGCACCACAGUUGUCAGCGAUAUUUUAUAAUUGCUCUAGCAACAAUACAGUUUUAAAUAUGACAAUACAUGGAUUUUUCCAGUCCUGGAAAUAUUUUAAAAACAGUGCGGAAAUUAUACGAUCAAUUUUCAAAAUAAAACCAAAAUACAUGCAAAAAGCUGAAUUAUUUUUAGACGUUUACAAAAAGGAUGGAUUUAAAAAUAUAUGUAUACAUGUAAGAAGGCAAGAUAUGGCUAAACAAAUACUUGCUCGAAGAGGAUUUGCAGUGGCUCCUAUCAAUUUCAUUUACAAAGCUAUACAGUUUUGUGAAGUCAAUUUUAAGAAAGCUCUUUUCUUUGUAAUAAGUGAUGAUAUUCAGUGGUGCAAGAAAAAUAUAAAACGUGACGUCAUAUUUAGCAAUUUAAAGGAGCCAAUACAUGAUCUGGCUCUUAUGACUUUAUGUGAUCACGUGGUUGUAACUGCAGGUUCGUUUGGUUGGUGGGGUGCUUGGCUUUCGAAUGGAACGGCUGUUUAUUAUAAUGGCUAUCCGAGCCCCGGAUCUCAGCUGGAUUUACGGUUUAAACGUGAGGAUUAUUAUCCCACAGAAUGGAUUGGGCUAACGUUAUAAUGAAUUCUACAUUAGUCUACCUAUUCCUAUUUUAUUGAGCAUAAUACUUCAAUCUUUGAAUUUUUGAGUGUGUGCAAAUUAGAAUUUGAAAACUAGUUGAUCUAUAACUGAAUUGUUUAGUCAAAAUUGUAAAAGUGGAAGAUGCUGACUCGGACACAAACCGCAUCUGUUGAAGAGCCGUCGCUUACCAGAUUGUGUUAGGGAGAUUUUCAUGAAUGCAGCAGUGGGCCAUCCUGUAAAUUUUAGACAUAUUACUGAGUGAACGUUUAGAGUUUGAUUUUGAAAAGUUUUAGAAAUGAGAGCAAACGAAAAUCAAAUACAAAUCUUCAAAUGGUGAAUGUUUCCUGCUAUAUUUAUAAUAUACGAUGCUUAAAAUGAAGUGUGCAAACUAAGUCUUUUAUUCUUUGUUGUUCUCAUGCUGUUGAUAUUUUCUACUGAGUCGUACAUAUCAUGCACUGCACGAAUGGUAAAAUUUGGUUAGUGCUAAACCAAUUCGGGAGUUAUGUUAUACAUACAGAUUUUCAGAAUUCUUGCGCAGCACCGUAUUAAUUCAACUCGGCAACUAAGCCUAUAUUUAUAUGAUUUAUGUUCAUAAGUCUCUACUUUAUAACAAACAUUAUUCUUCUUAUAUUCUGAAUGACUAACACGAGCCCAGGCAUGUUCUACCUAUUCUCCCGGACCGCUUGUCGGUCGAAGCAGAAUGUUCGGGCUGAUAUAGUUCGACUUUUGUGAGCAUCAUUAAUCGUCAUGACGUCUCUUCUGUCUACGAUGCCUUGGAAGUCAACGGGAUGAAAAGACUUGACAAUGGGUAUAACCAAAUGCCGUCCGUAGCCACUAUCACCAGACCAGAAAGAAAAUGCCGCUUAUACCCUACCCAUAGGUAUACUGUAAGAACCAUGGUUAUGAACGGGAAAAUGCACAAGUUUACAUAUUUCAAUCAUACAUUUCUACCUUAAAACGGGUAGUUCGAUGAAUGGGUACCAAGCAUAUUGAACAAGCGGUAAUUUAUCUUCUUUCGUGUACCAGUCACAUUGUCUCAACAUUUCAUUUUCCAGAUAUAUUCCACAUACUUUAUGCUUUCGUCGCCUUUACAGACAAAAACAACAACAACAAAAAAACGUGAAAUUCCCGAACGAACACCCGGUCUAAAGGUCACAGCAGUGUGCACAUGUUAGAGUGAAAUUUAAGCAAACAAAACAGAAUGCAAACUUUUCACAGCUUUACAAUAACACUCGAAAGGAUGAAUGAAAUUCAUCUUAGAAAUGAUUUUGAAUUUGCAGUAAUGCAUUGGUUCACACUUGUAUUGUUUAUGUAAUUUACAUUGCACGUUUAUGCUGCAUUACAUAUACACAUUUUAUCUGUAUGUGUAGCUUAAAGACGACUGUCAUACAUUUUCACACCGACCAAUAUGAAUAAUAUUGUAAUCUAGACCGGAACUGCAUUAGGGAAGUUCACACAAGUUUUUUUUCUGUAACCUUGAUGAAACUAUAACUACGCGUUGUUUCUUUGAGAUAGGAAAUAUUGGAGAAAUGUGACCGGCACACAAUGGAAGAUGCAUUACCACUUGUUCAAUAUCCAUAAAACGCAUGUUUUAGGUGAGAAAUGUACGACUGAAAACGGUUGGUAUAUUUUCCCGUUCAUUACCAUGUUUCUUAUAGAAUACUUAGGAGUAGGGUAAAACAUGUACGGUGUCAUUUUCUUUCGGGUCUAGUGCCAGUGCCGUAGGCCAGAUGCAUGACUUCCUCACAUGAACGAGAUCUCGAAUACUAAAAGAUGAGGAACAAUUGAUUCCGAGUCAGCGACCUUUACCACGCGGCGAUAGAGACCCCUUUUUAGUUCGACUAUUCAAAGAAUAGGUAGAGCUAUUGGACUCACCAUGCGUCGGCGUUGGCGUCCCGAUUUGGUUAAGUUUUUGUAUGUAAGCUUGUAUCUCAGUAACCACUUGUGGGAAUGGAUUUAAACUUCACACACUUAUUUACUGUGAUGAACUGACCUAAAUUGUACAGGUUCCAUAACUCUGUUUUGCCUUUUUACAAAAUUAUGCCCCUUUUUCGACUUAAAAAUUUUUGGUUCAAGUUUUGUAUGUUAGCUGUUAUCACAGUACCCACUUCUGGGAAUAGAUUGAGACUUCACACACUUGUUCACUGUCAUGAUCUAACAUGCACUGUGCAGGUCCCAAAACUUUACUUUGGAUUAUUUUCAAAAUCAUGCCGCUUUUUUUUUUUACUUUUUCCGUUACGUUUUUGUAUGAAAGCUGGUAUCUCAGUAUCCACUAAUUAGAAUGGAUUGAAACUUCACACACUUGUUCACUGUCACGAUAUGACAUGUAGUGCUUAGGUUCAAUAACUUUGCAUUUUACAAAAUUGAUUAUUUUCAACUUAGGAGUUUUGGUAAAGUUUUUGUAUGUAAGCUAGUAUCUCAGUAUCUACUAAUGGGAAUGGAUUGAAACAACACACACUUGUCAGCUGUCAUGAGCUGAUAAACACUGUACAGGUUCCAUAAGCCUGCUUUGCUUUUCGACUUCUGUAUUCAUUCAAUUGACAAGGCUGUUGAAUAGUCGAGCGUUGCUGUCCUCCGACAGUUUUUGUUAUUAAAAACUACUGUUUAUGGUAACUAUACAAAUACUGAAUUAGAUGUAUUGGUAUACCAUGUUAUUUAAUAUUUACUAUUGUUUAUAUUUACCUGUCAUUGUCUAUACAAGCAGUUGAAGGUUGAAAUUACCAAUGGAAAAAAGUCUUUACUGUAUAAGCAGAAUAUCCAGAGUCCAUCAAAGCCUACAUAGUACAUGUAACGUCACUAAUUCUCAAGUUUGUUCAAUUUGUAUGUACACCUAUAGAAUUAGAUAACAUUUGCCAAAAUAAGUCUUUGAUAGUACAUGAUAUAUUUUAUGAAACCUGACAGAUAGAUAAAGGAAAUAUGUGUAAAAUAUAUAGGUCAUAUCUUGAUAUGUGCUACGUCUGAAGUUGUGGUUCAUAUGGCGAACAGUAAUACUAUGAUAACUGUCAAAGGUUUAGGGUUCUAAUAAUAGUACCUCGAUCUGGGAUGCUUUUUUCAGCCCGGAUGGAUUUUUCAAGAUCGGUUUUCACGAGGGACGCAAGCGACGAGUGUGAUCCGCCCUUACACACUCCAAGAGAGCCGAAUACUAUAUCCCAGAUCUAGCUACUGUUGCCAUUACCCUUUUAUUAUUUACAUAUAUUUUUUGUUUGUUGUUCUGUUAUCGAACGAUAUUUUAAACGUUUGUCGAUGUAAACAUAGAAAUCAGUGAUCUGUUAUGGGCGCUAU